ACUUUACAGGGGCAGCGCUCAACUUCCGCCCUCAACCUCCCGUUGGAGUCCGGAGAGGGCGGAAGUGGCGGGGCACGUGACCGGAAAGCGGCCCCCGGUCCUUCCGGCAACCGACUUCCGCUUCCUGUUUACGGCGGAGCGACGAGAGGCAACGGCGGGGGCGGCGGGUGCUGAUAUGUUUGGGGAUUCGUGAGGCGACGGGGGGGGGGAGGGGCGCUUUCGACGCCGCCAUGAAGAAGUUUUUCCAAGAUAUCAAAGCGGAGCUGCAGUUCAAGGGAGCCGGGCCGGGCCAGAAGCUCAGCGAGUCGCCUAGGUAACCAGCCCCCCCCUUCCGCGAAUGGUGGGCGGGGUCCCCGUUGGGGAGGGGGAGAAGAGAAUGAGGGGCAGGGAAGGGGUUCCCCAAAGGUCAUCUAGUCCAGCCCCCUCUGCAAGGCAGGGGUCUCAACAAGACAGAGGGCCAUACAAUGUUGUUGUUGAGUCGUGUCCACGACUGGACCUAAUGGUCAGGGGUCCCUUUACCUAUUGUAGUUUUAUAUCUUGAUUUUAUUCUGUGAAUUGCCCUGAGAUCCCCUGGUAUAGGGUGGUGGUGGUGGUGGUUGUUGUUGUUUAGUCAUGUCCGCCUCUUCGUGACCCCCUGGACCAGAGCAUGCCAGGCCCUCCUGUCUUCCACUGCCUCCCGCACUAUGGUCAAACUCAUGCUGGCACCUUCAAGAACACUGUCCCACCAUCUCAUCCUCUGUCGUCCCCUUCUCCUUGUGCCCUCCAUCUUUCCCAACAUCAGGGUCUUUUCCAGGGAGUCUUCUCUUCUCAUGAGGUGGCCAAAGUCUUGGAGCCUCAGCUUCAGGAUCUGUCCUUCCAGUGAGCACUCAGGGCUGAUUUCCUUCAGAAUGGAGAGGUUUGAUCUUCUUGCAGUCCAUGGGACUCUCAAGAGUCUCCUCCAGCACCAGAAUUCAAAAGCAUCCAUUCUUUGGCGAUCAGCCUUCUUGAUGGUCCAGCUCUCACUUCCAUACAUCACUACUGGGAAAACCAGAGCUUGAACUAUACGGACCUUUGUUGGCAAGGUGAUGUCUCUGCUUUUUAAGAUGCUGUCCAGGUUUGUCAUCGCUUUUCUCCCAAGAAGCAGGCGUCUUUUAAUUUCGUGGCUGCUGUCACCAUCUGCAGUGAUCAUGGAGCCCAAGAAAGUAAAAUCUCUCACUGUCUCCAUUUCUUCCCCUUCUAUUUGCCAUGGCGGGAUGGGACCAGUGGCCAUGAUCUUAGUUUUUUUGAUGUUGAACCUUUGCUAAAAAACUUCCAGGGAAGGAGAGCCCACCACCUUCCAUCCCAGUCAGAACAGCUCUUCACUGUCUUCCUCAUGUUCACUCAGAAAACUGAAAGCCAUGGGUUCGAGUCCUGCCCUCCAAAGCAGGAGAAAACAACCUUGUUCCCUCUUCCCUGUGACAGCCCUUCAGAGACUUGAAUAUGGCUCUCCUAUCUUCUCUCAGUCUCCUCUCUUCCAAGGUAAACACACCCAGCUCCUUCAGACACUCCUCAUAAGAUUUAGCUUCCAGACCAUUGAUCGUUGCAGCUUGUCAACAUCCUUCUUAAAUUGUGGUGCCCAGAACUGGACACAGUACUCCAGGUGGGGUCUGACCAAGGCAGAAUAGAGCAGCCCUGUUACUUGUUCUCUCUUCCUUGUGACAGCCUUUCAGAGAUUUGAAGGAUGGCUAUCCUAUCAGUCUCUUUUUUUCCAGGCUAAGCAUACCCUGCUCCUUCAACCGUUCCUCUAACAGCUCAGUUUCCAGACCCUUGAUCACCAUCCUCUGCCCACCUUCCAGCUUGUCAACAUCCUUCUUAAAUUGUGGUGCCCAGAAUUGGACGCAGGUGGCGCUGUGGGUUAAACCACAGAGCCUAGAACUUGCCAGUCAGAAGGUCGGCGGUUCGAAUCCCCACGAUGGAGUGAGCUCCCAUUGCUUGGUCCCUGCUCCUGCCAACCUAGCAGUUCAAAAGCACGUCAAAGUGCAAGUAUAUAAAUAGGUACCACUUUGGCGGGAAGGUAAACGGCAUUUCCGUGAGCUGCUCUGGUUUGCCAGAAGCGGCUUAGUCCUGCUGGCCACAUGACCUGGAAGCUGUACACUGGCUCCCUCGGCCAGUAAAGCGAGAUGAGCGCCGCAACCCCAGAGUCGGCCACGACUGGACCUAAUGGUCAGGGGUCCCUUUACCUAUUACUUCCCUCGAUCUGGACACUAGACUUCUGUUGGUGCAGCAUAGAAUAGCAUUAGCCUUUUUUGCUGCUGCAUCACACAGUUGACUCAUGUUCACUUUGUGGUCCACCAAGACCCCUAGAUCCUUUCCACAUGUACCGCUAGCAAGCCAGGUUUCCCCCCAUCCUAUAUUUGUGCAUUUGAUUCUUCCUGCCUAAGUGCAGAUCCUUACAUUUGUCCCUAUCGAAAUUCGUUUUGUUAGCUUGCACCCAGUUCUCCAAUCCAUUAAGGUCUUUUUGAAUCCCAAUUCUGUUUCCUGCGGCAUUCGCUACCCCUCCCAGUUUGGUGUCAUCUGCAGAUUUGGCAAGGGUCCCCUCAAUUCCUUCAUCCAAGACGUUCUGGGGGGCCUCUGGCUGCCAGUGGGUGCUCCCUAGCCCCUUUGUGAUGGUGCUGUGACACUGUGGGGACAGUGCUGGCUGGACAGAGUCCAUACUGCCUUGGCUUCUCUGCUGAGCUUUCGUUUGCCAGGAUGAGCAGAACACCCCACCCCAGAGUGGUGUAUGUACCCCCUUCACUAUAUCAAUCUCUUUUUUCUCCUGGGAGUAUUUCUCAGUUUUGCGUGGAAUUCCCUGCGCUAUAUGAAUAGGUGUGUAAGUCAUCUUCCUAGUCGUUUAUCUGUAAUUGGGCAGGUAGGUAGCCAGCCUUGCCCUGAGAGUUGUGAAAGACUGUAAGCUGCAAUCCCAGCUCAGCCUGGGAUGUGCUCAGUAACUUUUAGGGAAGCUGGCGGAGGCUUUUAAACAUCAAGAAACAGAUCGGCUCCAUCUUGAAAGGCAUUGGAGUUUAAACAGGCUGGUCGUGUGUGUGUGUGUGUGUGUAUAUAUAUCUAUACCUAUACCUAUACCUAUAUCUAUCUAUCUAUAUCUAUCAUCUAUCUAUCUAUCUAUAAAUAAUAAAUAUUGAUGAUUUUUAGUUUUAUAGUAAAGUUAAAGGUACCCCUGACCAUUAGGUCCAGUCACGGACUACUCUGGGGUUACAUGCUCAUCUUGCUCUACAGUCCAAGGGAGCCGGCGUUUGCCCACAGACAGCUUCCGGGUCAUGUGGCCAACAUGACUAAGCCGCUUCUGGAGAACCAGAGCAGUGCACGGAAAUGCCGUUUACCUUCCUGCCGGAGCUGUACCUAUUUAUCUACUUGCACUUUGACAUGCUUUCAAACUGCUAGGUGGGCAGGAGCAGGGACCGAACAACGGGAGCUUACCCCGUUGUGGGGAUUCGAACUGCUGACCUUCUGAUCGGCAAGCCCUAGGCUCUGUGGUUUAGACCAUAGCGCCACCCGGGUCCCUUUUAGUUUUAUACAUUUCAAUAAUUUUACAGUCAUUUUAACAUUUCAAAGCCUGACUUCCUUCCCCCCUCUUUCUGCGGUUCCUUAAAUUUAUUUUUAAUACUUUCUGCAUAUCCAAAUUAACUUAAUUUGUUCAUUUAUUCAUCUGCUUUAAGUAUAUACUUUUAAAAUAAAACUGCAGGUUAUUAAAAUAACCCUGCCAGUGUUCUUAUCUGUUUACAGUUUGCUUGGAAACAUUCAGUGGUCUGUGUACCUUUUAGUUCUCUUCGUUGGCGCAAAAUUCCCGCCGUUUUAUGAAAUUCCUUCUGCAGGGGUGAGGGAUCUGUGGCCUAUCAGAUGUUGUUGGGACUACAUUUCCCAUCAUCCCUGACUGGGGCUACUGGGACUUGGAGCCCAACAACAGCUAGAGGACCUCAAGUUCCUCAGCCCUGCCUUAUGGCUUAAAAACCAAGCUAGCCUUCUCUUGCACUUGCUCCUUCCUUAUGGGAGCUCUUCUGUAGCAUUCUUGACCCAGCUCUUUAGCUACACUCGCACCUUCUCUCUCUUUUUAAAAACGUUUUUAUUUAUACUUUUCAAGUUGAACCAUUUCAUUAGUUUUACAACCAAUUUAACACUUCAAAGUUUGACUUCCUUCCCCCUCUUUCUGCGGUUCCUUAGAUUUAUUUUUUAGUAACUUCUGCAUUUUCAAAUCCAUUUAAUUUGUUUCUUUAAUUAUCUACUUUAAAUAUAUACUCUUACAAAACUGCAGGUUAUUACAGUAACCCUGCCAAUGUUUUUAUCUGUUUGCAAUUUAUCUGUAAAUAUUCAGUAAACCAUUUCCAUUCUUUUAUUUAAAAAAGUUGUCUUGAUUUCUUAUUCUUCUGGUAAGUUUCACCCUUUCUGCAUAUUCCAUAAGUUUUUGUAUCCAUUCUUCCUUUGCUGGGACUUCUUCUUCUUUCCACUUUUGGGCAGGUAAGGUAAAGGCAAAGGGACCCCUGACCAUUAGGUCCAGUCGUGGCCUACUCUGGGGUUGCGGCGCUCAUCUCGCUUUAUUGGCUGAGGGAGCCAGUGUACAGCUUUCCGGGUCAUGUGGCUGGCGAACCAGAGCAGCGCACGGAAAUACCGUUUACCUUCCCACCGGAGCGGUACCUAUUUAUCUACUUGCACUUUCACGUGCUUUCAAACUGCUAGGUUGGCUGGAGCAGGGAUGGAGCAACGGGAGCUCAACCCGUUGCGGGGAUUCGAACCGCCGACCUUCUGAUCGGCAAGUCCUCGGCUCUGUGGUUUAACCCACAGCACCACCCGCGUCCCUUUGGGCAGGUAGCAUUCAUUAAAUACAUUUCUAUGCAAUUUAGGUAGUUCUGUCCCUACAAUUCCCGAAAGAAUUUUGGGCACAUUGGAAUCUUCUCGAACAGGUUUUCUCAUUUGCUCACACCUUCACCUUCAUCUCGAGGUAGAGGUGACUGGAGGCAGAUACUGCUCCUGUUGCUUCUCUGUGUUCAUGGCGAAGAGCAGAAGGAACAGGUCCAGGGCUGCGGGCUGGGGAUUGGCAGUGUUGCCCAGUGCUGCCAGCCCUGCCUCCAGCUGCUGGGGGCCGCCACCUGGAAGGGGUUGGCCGCUCGUGAUCCUCAGGGCGACAGUUCUGUUUGACAGGCUCCCUGGCGCUUGUGUUCUUUGCUGGGCGUUCAAAGCACUUGCGCUUCUCUGCCCUCAAAUAAUAAUUUAUUAUUUAUACCCCGCCCAUCUGGCUGGGUUUCCCCAGCCACUCUGGGCGGCUUCCAACAGAAUAUUAAAAUACAAUAACCUAUUAAACAUUAAAAGCUUCCCUGAACAGCGCUGCCUUCAGAUGUCUUCUAAAAGUCAGAUAGUUGUUUAUUUCCUUGACAUCUGAUGGGAGGGCGUUCCACAGGGCAGGCGCCACCACGGAGAAGGCCCUCUGCCUGGUUCCCUGUAACUUGGCUUCUUGCAAGGAGGGAACCACCAGAAGGCCCUCGGAGCUGGACCUCAGUGUGGAGACGCUCCUUCAGGUAUACUGGGCCGAGGCCGCUUAGGGCUUUAAAGGUCAGCACCAACACUUUGAAUUGUGCUCGAAAAUGUCCUGGGAGCCAACGUAGGUCUUUUAGGACGUGUGUUAUAUGGUCUCGGCGGCCGCUCCCAGUCACCAGUCUAGCUGCCGCAUUCUGGAUUAGUUGUAGUGUCUAACUGGCUUUCAAAGGUAGCCCCACGUGGAGCGCAUUGCGGUAGUCCAAGCGGGAGAUAACCAGAGCAUGCACCACUAUGGUGAGACAGUCUGUGGGCAGGUAGGGUCUCAGCCUGCAUACCAGAUGGAGCUGGUAGACAGCUGCCCUGGACACAGAAUUGACCUGCGCCCCCUGGCAACAGUUCUGCUUGACAGGCUCCCUGGAACUUGUGUUCUUUGCUGGGCCUUCAAAGCACUUGCGCUUCUCUGCCCUCAAAGUGUCUCCGUUUCUCCCCAACAGAGAAAGAGCUCCCAAGGAGAAGCCGAAAGCUGACCCUCCUCCCAAAUGUCGCCAAGGGCCGACCAAUGAAGCUCAGAUGGCGGCGGCGGCAGCCCUGGCCCGGCUGGAGCAGAAGCCCAAACCUCGUCCCCCCUCAUCCCAAGACGCCAUCCGGAAUCAGGGUAAAAGGGCGAGGGGCAGGAGUUGCUGGCCUGCGAGUCUUAAUGAAAUCUCUCUCUCUUUUUGGUUAGUUGUUGAUUUAUAUCAGGGCUCAGCAACCUUUCUCAGCUGUGGGCCAGUCCACUGUCCCUCAGACCAUGUGGUGGGCUGGACUAUAUAAAAAUAAAUAAAUGAACAAAUUCCUAUGCGCCACAAAUAACCCAGAGAUGCAUUUUAAAGAAAAGGACGCAUUCUACUCAUGUAAAAACAUGCUGAUUCCCGGACCGUCUGCGGGCCGGAUUGAGAAGGCGAUUGGGCUGCAUCCAGCCCCCGGGCCUUAGGUUGCCUACCCCUGAUUUAUAUGUUCUGAGGAUCCAGGGAGGCACUCUUAUUCCACAGAAGGAAGGGGAAAGUGCAGUGCCUGUGCUUUUUGGGCAGUGUAUCCAGUUUCCUACACACCUUGUAAAAAAAGCCUGUGACGUCCUGCUCACAGUAAGGUAAAGGUAAAGGGACCCCUGAUCAUUAGGUCCAGUCGUGGCCGACUCUGGGGUUACGGUGCUCAUCUCGCUUUAUUGGCCGAGGGAGCCGAUGUACAGCUUCCAGGUCAUGUGGCCAGCAUGACUAAGCCGCUUCUGGCGAACCAGAGAAGUGCACGGAAACGCCGUUUACCUUCCUGCUGGAGCGGUACCUAUUUAUCUACUUGCACUUUGACGUGCUUUCAAACUGCUAGGUCGGCAGGAGCAGGGACCGAGCAACGGGAGCUCACCCCGUCACGUGGAUUCGAACCGCCGACCUUCUGAUUGGCAAGUCCUAGGUUCUGUGGUUUAACCCACAGCGCCACCCGCGUCUGUGAGCAGGGACUACCUGCUCACAGUAGUCCCGUUGAAAUGAACGGCAGCUCUUGCCACUCUUGGACUUCCAGCAAAGCUGAAUGGUGGAAGGUUCAGGAUAGGCAAAAGGAAGGAUAGGCAAAAGGAAGCAGAGGCUUGACAACCAUAUGUCAGGAGUGCUCUGAUGGUGUUUCCUGCUUGGCAGGGGGUUGGACUCGAUGGCCCUUGUGGUCUCUUCCAACUCUAUGAUUCUAAGUCCUUAGUUCAUGGUUGAUCUCUGGAACUCCCUGCCGCAGGGCGCAGCGGUGGGCACCAACUUGGAUGGCUUUGGAAGAGGAUGGAAAAAUUCAUGGAGGAAUGGGCUAUCAGGGCAAAGCUAUUCUUUGCCUCCAGGGUCAGAGGCAGUAACGCUCCUGAAUAUCAAUUGCUGGAAACCACAGCAGGGGAGAGGGCUGGAACAGCCUUUCUCAACCUGUGGGUCCCCAGAUCUUGUUGGAACUACAACUCCCAUCACCCCUAGCUAGCAAGGCCAGAGCUCAGGGGUGAUGGGAGUUGUAGUCCAACAACAUCUGGGGACCCACAGGUUGAGAACUGCUGGGCUGGAGGGUUCCUCACAGGCUUCUGGUUGGCCACUGUGAGAACGGGGACUAGAUGAGCCAUUGUUUUCAAAUGUAUUAGAGAAUUUGCAAGGGUACCCAUUUUGUUUUUGUUGUACUAAAUUACCGUAUUUUUUGCUCUAUAAGACUCACUUUUUCCGUCCUAAAAAGUAAGGGGAAAUGUGUGUGCGUCUUAUGGAGCGAAUGCAGGCUGCGCAGCUAUCCCAGACGCCAGAACAGCAAGAGGGAUCGCUGCUUUCGCUGCGCAGCGAUCCCUCUUGCUGUUCUGGCUUCUGAGAUUCAGAAUUUUUUUUUUUUCUUGUUUUCCUCCUCCAAAAACUAGGUGCGUCUUGCGGUCUGGUGCGUCUUAUAGAGCGAAAAAUACAAUAUGUAUAUUAUGCAUUAAGAAUUAUGGUGCUGUCUAGUAUACAGUGGUACCUCGGGUUAAGUACUUAAUUCGUUCCGGAGGUCCGUACUUAACCUGAAACUGUUCUUAACCUGAAGCACCACUUUAGCUAAUGGGGCCUCCUGCUGCUGCCGUGCCGCCGGAGCACAAUUUCUGUUCUCAUCCUGAAGCAAAGUUCUUAACCUGAAGCACUAUUUCUGGGUUAGCGGAGUCUGUAACCUGAAGCGUAUGUAACCCGAGGUACCACUGUACUGGUCUUUGUGUUGCUUGUUGUGUUAAGUUUGCAACACAGGGGUUUGUUGUUCUGUAUUGUUCUGAUCCAGCAGGAAUCUUCUUAGGUUAAUGGGCCCGAGUCGCAUCAGUUAUUUUCAUUGCGUCUACUUGCAUUGAAGGUAAUUGCACACAAUGAGAGAGAGAAGGUGAUGUAAAUUUGGACAGAAAAUUUAUAGCACACAACCCAUGGGUAUAGACCCCAAAUACCUGGUUGCUCCUCUCCUCAAAUUUCACUUUUGAUGCAUAUCUUUGUUUUAAUUGUUCUUCUAGUGAAAAAGGAGCUUAUGGCUGAAGCAGCUGCAAGCGACAAAGGAGCCGCUGUGGAUCAGAAGGUAGGAACAGCUGCGUUUGUCGCCUCGCCAUUUAUUAGUAGGUUUUUGACCUGCUCUUUCAGUAUUUCUUCAAAGGGUUGGGCUUUCAUUUAUUUAUUGUUUUAAAUUUGUAUGCCGCUUUUCUGUGUAAAUCUGCUCCAAGCAGCUCACACAUGCAAAAUUGAGGCAUCACUGUUGCAGUAACAAUCAGGUGUACAGGUAAAUCAUUUCAAAACCAAUCAAUACCUCAGAUGGAUCUAUAUCAGGGGUCAGCAACCUGCAGCCCACGGGGUUCGUUUAAAUGGCUCAUAAGCCACCCCCGAACCGAGCCACCUACGCGCUGCGCUAAACCGGUGCAGCGCACAGCGGGGACUCACUUCCACAGCACCGGAAAUCGUGUCUGCGCAGACGCGACCCAGCCCACGGAGCAAUCUCUGUGGGAGUGAACGGGCCCAGGCGAGGUAAACCUUGCCGACCCUGAUCUAUAUCAUGGGUCGGCAAACUAAGGCCCGUGGGCCAGAUCAGGCCCAACGGCCGCCUGGAUCUGGCCCGCAGAUGGUCCGGGAAUCGCCGCGUGGAUCGCCAGUGCGCACGUUCUUUCCCUCUCCCUCACACGGCAGCAGCACUGCCUCCUCCCUCCCUCCUCCUAGCUUCUCCCUGCCCUGCCUAGAGGAGGAAGGGGGCUUGGUUUGUUGCAGCAGCAGCAGCACUUGAGCAGCCGCCAUUUUAAGCAGCCCCUCUCCGGAGUCCUUUCACAUGCCGCUCAUCUUCCCGCCGCCGGAAGCCCCUGCCGCUUGCAAGACACAGGUAAGCAGCCACCGGGGAUCGUGGUGCUAUUUCAUCAUUCCCACCCCCAAUAUAGUCCUGCCCCCAACAAGGUCUGAGGGACAGUGGACUGGCCCCCUGCUGAAAAGGUUUGCUGACCCCUGAUCUAUAUGAUCAUUGCAGUUGCUAAAAUAGUGGCAAAACAAACUACAAUGGGCAUAGACCUUUUCUUUUUCUUCCUCCAAUGGAGCCCCUGUCUUAUUUAUUUAUUUUUUUGAAAAGUUUUUAUUAUUAAAACAAUUCAGCAUUAAUACACACAUAUUGUGAAUAUACAAGCAUACAGACAUACAUUUCAUACAAUUCUUAAAAAUGUUCAAACAUACCUGCACUCAAUCUCACAGAUAAUUCCUUUUCCCACCAGCUCACCCCACCUUUGUGUUAGACUUCCAAUCUACUCAUUUGCAAUUUCUUUCAACUUCUAUUACUUUUUUUCUCACACCUUUAACCUAAUUUCAUGCUCCUUUUUCUGUUACACAUUGUUAUCCAUCUUAUUUAGUAUUUCAGUAUUUAAAACGGAACUUGUUUAUUCUGAUAGGAGUACUGAUUUUUCCAUAUGGUUUUGCAAGGAUCCUUUAAACACCUUCCAGUCCCUGUCUAUCUUCUCUUUUGAGAUCCUUCCAAUUUCUCCCAUUGUUUUGGAUAUAUUGUAAUACUCCAAUAAUUUGGCAAUCACUCUGUUUUUGUCUGUGUAAUACCACUUUUCCAAUUUUUCCCAAUCAGUAGCCUUGCGGCUACUGUUGCGUAUAAAUAUAAUGUCUUGUCUUCUUCCUUUAGACUUCCUGGUACUAUUCCCAAUAGGAAACCUUCUGAUGUGUUCCUAAAUGAAUAUCUGAACAUUUCAUUGUAUAUUGUUUCCCAAAAUUGUUUGAUGUUCAAACAAUUCCACCAUAUAUGCAUCAUAGUACAUUUUUCAGUUUUGCAUCGCCUGUCUUAAAAUCCCGCCUCUCUUUAGAAUUCUUUACCUGCUCUUCAAGAAGAAGAUCCCUCCAUGUUGUCCGUCUCAGGAGUCUACUUCACUUGCCCUUUAACUGGGGCCACCGUCCGGAAGGAUAAAAGAGAGGCGCAGAUCAAAAAGGCCAUCCUUGAGGUAAGGUUAUUUUGGGGAGUGUGUCCUCUGAUGUCUCGACAGAGAGUGCAUUCCCACCCACCCAGCUUUAUUGAUCUGUUAACAGAAAAAAGAAAUGCAAAUAUAACAAGUUUUGCCUGGGAAGACAAAAGUACCAAAAUGCAGCACAGCUGCAAAGGGAUAAUAAAGUAUCAUAUCGUUCAGAAUAUGUGCAUGUAUUUGCUUACUUUGAGUAUUUCAUCCAGCUUUAUUCACUCGUGAGAUCCUGUAAAGCACCGCGAUAGGUAAUGUAGCUCCACAACCUGACGGUUUGGAAUCCUGCUUCUGAGAUUUCACCAGGCACUGCUCAUGUAUUUCCAAGCCUACCUGCGGAACCUUAGGGACGGGAAACUUAACUUCCUCAAAUUAAAGCUGAGGUUCACAGAACACUGAAUUACAUGGCCAGUACCAAAUAAUAAAGUAUCAGUGCAUGCAAAGGUUUCCUUUAAAAGUAACACAUAAACUGCAUUUUUCGCUCCAUAGGGCACACUGGACCAUAGGCGCCCCUAGUGUUUUUUUUGGGGGGGGGGGAAUCAAGAAAAAAAAUCUUAUUCCCCCCAGCCCCAAAGAGCAGCGUACUGGCUGCGCAACCUCUCCCUUCCGGAGGGGUUGCGCGGGGCUAUGGCAUAAGCCUGGAGAGCGAGAGGGGUCAGUACACCUCUUGCUCUCCAGGCUUCAGCGAAAGCAACGCGAAGCCUCCGGAGCGCGGAGGAAGCGCUCCCUCUGCACUUCGGAGGCUUAGCGUUGCUAUCGCUGAAGCCGGGGAGCCUGCAUUCGCUCCAUAGGACGCACACACAUUUCCCCUCAAUUUUUGGAGGGGAAAAAGUGCGUCCUAUAGAGCAAAAAAAUACGGUAGAUAAAAAUAAAAGGAGUUGUAACGCAAAAGAUUUUCCAAGUCCGUCUUGAUACCACGUGGAUGGCUGCAUGCAAGACUUAAAGUCUGUAUAUGUAUCUCUUGGCAGACAAUGCUUUGGGUUCGGCAGUUGUUUUUAAAAUUAUCAAAGUUUUGUAGAAGUAAAUAAAAGUGUUCUCCGCCGAUGAGCUCCAUCGUUACGGAGGACAAAAGGUUCGAUAUACAGUCGUACCUCGGAAGUCGAACGGAAUCCGUUCCGGAAGUCUGUUCGACUUCCAAAACGUUCGGAAACCAAGGCACGGCUUCCGAUUGGUUGCAGGAAGCCCCUGCAGCCAAUAGGAAGCCCCAUUGGACGUUCGGCUUCCAAAAAUAAUUUGCAAACUGGAACAGUCACUUCCGGGUUUGCAGCAUUCGGGAGCCAAAACGUUUGAGAACUUAGGCGUUUCGAAAACCAUGGUGCGACUGUAGUCUUAAACGAGCCAGACAUUUGCAUAUACCGGUGGUAUUUGCAUACCGUAUUUUUUGCUCUAUAAGACUCACUUUUUCCCUCCUAAAAAGUAAGGGGAAAUGUGUGUGCGUCCUAUGGAGCGAAUGCAGGCUGCACAACUAUCCCAGAAGCCAGAACAGCAAGAGGGGUUGCUGCUUUCACUGCGCAGAGAUCCCUCGUGUUGUUCUGGCUUCUGAGAUUCAGAAUAUUUUUUUCUUGUUUUCCUUCCCCCAAAACUAGGUGCGUCUUGUGGUCUGGUGUGUCUUAUAGAGCGAAAAUACGGUAUACUGAAUGACCACAUGCCUCUGUACGAGAAAUAAAAUCACGCUACAGAGCUCUGCCUUUUGGAUCCUUCUAGUUUGUAAGAUGCCUUUUCAAGAAGGGAGUCUGCCAAGCCCUUGAAUACCUGCAACUCAAGUUAUUAAGAUUAGAGGCCUUCCAGGAUUUGGCAGAACAGCCCCGGGCAUUUCUGUUUCUUCAUCUCCCCAGCAUGCUGCCCAAGACCCCGUGGCAGCUGCCGUCAUGGAAAUCCACACUUGCAACAGGGACCGGGAAAAGGUCAAACUCGGAGUGGAGACCAUUGCAAAGUAAGUGGAGCCUGGUGGCUGUUGGUGUCGUCGUCAUCCCACCCCCCACCCCCCUGUUCCUUUUUUUGUAAUAAUGGGGUGAGCUCCCAUUGUUUGGUCCCUGCUCCUGCCAACCUAGCAGUUCGAAAGCACGUCAAAGUGCAAGUAGAUAAAUAGGUUCUCUGGCGGGAAGAGAAAUACCUUCUCUGGCGGGAAGGUAAACGGUGUUUCCGUGCACUGCUCUGGUUCGCCAGAAGCAGCUUAGUCCUGCUGGCCACAUGACCCGGAAGCUGUACGCCGGCUCCCUCGGCCAGUAAAGCGAGAUGAGCGCCGCAACCCCAGAGUCAGCCACGACUGGACCUAACGGUCAGGGGUCCCUUUACCUUUACCUCCAGUUUAAACAAGCAUUUUGUUCAGACUUAAAGCUAGGGAUCAUUGGUUCUUGCAACCACCGAUAAAAACUUUGCCACUGCUAAUGUUCUAGCGUUUGUCCGGUCUUCCAAUAGGAACCUGACAUAGCGAGUCUCUGAUUUCCCCAGGAAAGGUACCAGCGAGGGUAGUAUCGGUUCAGCCCUGGCUUGCUCAUAUUUUGCACAGUGCAACAAAAUAUGUUUUAUGGAAUCAUGUCUUGAGCACACAAGCAAAGUCUGUCCUGGUAGGGAACUCCUCUCAACCUGCCAUCCAACACUGCAGAAGGAAAGACGUUUAUUCUGGCUUUGGUGAAAAGCCUUUGAUAGUUUGGUACUGUCAGGUUUUUGCAAGAACCAGUGAUCCCUAUAUUCUGAACAAAAUGCUUGUUUAACCUGGAGGUAGGCUGUAUGAAUUAUGUAUUGCUUUGUAACGAUUUGUUGGGUCUCUGGACCGUAAUAAAGAUUGUUGUUGUAAUAAUUUUUUAUUAAGUUUUACCAUUUAAUAUUCAACACAAUUAUCAUAUAUAAAAAAUAGAAUAAAACAAAACUCCCCACCCCGUGCCUUUCCUCCGCUUCCCCUUCUGGUUGUUUAACAAUUUGCCACUUCUGCUUAAAUUUUCUCUUAUUUUUCAUCUUUUAGCUGAAUGCUCUUACAUUUUUAUCAUUUUUGUACCUAAUUUUCUUCCGGUUACUUCUUACCUUUCAUUCAUUUCCAUAUUGUUGUUUCUUCACCUUUCCUCUGGUUUUCUUAACCAUUAAGUGUUUUACUCAAACCCUGCUAGUGAGUCCAGUUCUUUACAAUAUUUCUGUAAAUACAGCAUGAACGAUUCCCAGUCUUUUUUUAAAGUCUCUGUUGCCUUUGUCUCUGAGUCUUCCCGUGAGUUUCACCAUUUCUGCAUAUUCCAUAUGUUUACCUUGCCAUUCUUCUUUCGUUGGUGUCUUGUCUUCUUCCCUUUUGGGGGCUAGUAAAUCCUAGAGCCCUCCAGAUGUUUGGGACUACAACUCCCAUCAUCCCUAGCUAACAGGACAAGUGGUCAGGGAUGAUGGGAAUUGUAGUCCCAAACCUCUGGAGGGCCAGAGUUUGCCUAUGCCUGUCCUAGCCACUGUCGUAGCAUCCAUGAAUAGCUUCUUCUGCUCUUCUGGCAAUUCCUGCCCUAUAAUACCUAAAAAGAAAACUUCUUUUAACCUUAUAUUUGAUUUCAGCCUGAUCUUUUAUUUCCCUUUUCUUCCCUCCCCCUCCCCUUUUAUGAAGAUUACCCGCUCUGAGAUCCCAAAGCUAAUUCUCCCCUGGUCUCCUCGCUGGCCCAAAUAGGACCAAUUCAGCCAGCUAGCCCUGGAGAUUAACUAAUGCUUAUCUCCCCUAAAUUGAUUUCUAAAUUUUGGAUUUUAUUGUUAUUCAUGUUUUUAUACUGUAUUUAUGCUGCUUUUACAAUUAAGUGUUUUAUAUUUUUUGUUAGCCGCCCUGAGCCCGGUUUUUGAACCGGGAAGGGCGGGGUAUAAAUAAAAAAUUAUUAUUAUUAUUAUUAUUAUUAUUAUUAUUAAGGGGGGAAAACCUUUCUGACAAGCCUCCUAUUUAAAAAAACCUAUGAAAAUGGUAUAAAAAGUCCCUAUUGAACUUGGUGGUACUUCCUUUUGAGAGGAAGCCUGAGCAAACUGGUGCCCAGAAUGACAACUUGUCUUCCUUCCCAAGGUACCUUGACAACAUCCACCUCCACCCAGAGGAAGAGAAGUACCGGAAAAUCAAACUGCAGAACAAAGUGUUCCAGGUGGGUGCGUUUCAGAGGAGGGUCUCCCUGGGUGCUGCUGGAGUACAACUCCUCUCAUCCCAGACAACUGUCCCUGCCAGCAGCUGGGCCUUGUGGGAGUUGAGGGCCCAGUAAUGGGACGCGGGUGGUGCUGUGGGUUAAACCACAGAGCCUAGGGCUUGCCAGUCAGAAGGUCGGCGGUUCGAAUCCCCGCAAUGACGGGGUGAGCUCCUGUUGCUCGGUCCCUGUUCCUGCCAACCUAGCAGUUCAAAAGCACGUCAAAGUGCAAGUAGAUAAAUAGGUACCGCUCCAGUGGGAAGGUAAACGGCGUUUCCGUGCACUGCUCUGGUUCGCCAGAAGUGGCUUAGUCCUGCUGGCCACAUGACCCGGAAGCUGUACGCUGGCUCCCUCGGCCAAUAAAGCGAGAUGAGCGCCGCAACCCCAGAGUCGGCCGCGACUGGACCUAAUGGUCAGGGGUCCCUUUACCUUUACCUAAUGUCCAUGUUCCCAAACCCUGCUCUUGCUAGAGGUUGCUGCCAGCUUGACAGAAACCAUCUCACAGUAAAAUAAGGACUGGAAAAGCGAAGGAUAAGACCCAUUUGGCAUGUCAGCUCAGGGGGCUAAGAUCGCUUGAAGCUAAGAUUGUUGUGACAUCAGGUGUCAUCAGCUCAUGCUGGGUCAGAUUUGGCCCACAGCUCAGAGGGUCUCCACCCCUCGCUUAAAUCGCCUUAUAUUGUUGAACAGACUUUGGCAGGGUGCAAAUGCAAGCGACAUAAAACCGAAACAAGCAGCCUCAGGGAUGCUCUCGCUGGCUGGCUGUUGGAAGUUGUGUGUGAUGGAUUCGUUUGGCUUCCUCCUAGGAAAGGAUCCACUGUCUGGAGGGGACGCACAAGUUUUUCCAGGCCGUCGGGUUUGAAAAGGCCACCCUCAGUGUCCCGGGACAAGGUAAGGCUCAGCGUAGCAGCUGAAAGGCUGAGCUGCAGACCGGAAGGCGCCGUCUCACGAACUCACAAGGUGGCCCUGGGCAAGCCACACAGAAUCUCGGCAAGCCACAGAUGGAGACAAGGAUAAGACCCACCGAACUUGCAGGAUUGUUGCCAGGAUUACAAGGCGAGAAGCACUUUGAACACUGUACAGAAUGCUUCUGGUUUUGCUUAGGUCAGAUGGGGGAUUCCUGGGGUGAGGGUUUCUCCAGGCCGCUUCAAGUUCCCUUGUGAUUGGAAGCUUUUCUGUCCAUCUUCAAGCCACCUUUUAAGAGUUGCUGCAGUGGAGAUAUACAGUGGACGCUCGGGUUGCGAACGUGAUCCGUCGGGAGGCACAUUCGCAACCCGCAGCGCCGCGUCUGCGCACGCACGGGUCGCGAUUCGGUGCUUCUGCACAUGCGCAAAGCGUGAUUUAGCGCUUCUGUGCAUGCGCAAGCACCGAAACCCGGAAGUAACCCGUUCCGGUAUUUCUGGGUUCGGCUCGGUGCGCAACCCGAAAUCGUGCAACCCGAAGCGUCUGUAACCCGAGGUAUGACUGUAUUUCUUUUAAGUCUAUCUCCAUUCCCUCCUCCUCUUCGUGAAUUGCUAUCUGAGAGAAGUGGCAUUACAAGACGUUCCUGCAGAUAUUAUUGCUAUUAUUAUUAAAUUUAUAUGCCACCCAUCUAACAGGGUUGCCCCAGCCACUCUGGGCAGCUCCCGACAAAAUAUUAAGAACGCAAUGAAACAUCAAACUUUGCUAUAUGAUGCUGCCUUCAGAUGUCUUCUAAAAGCCAUAUAGGUGUUCCCUGUAGCUUCGCUUCUUGCAGGGAGGGAACUGGCAGAAGACCCUCGGAGCUGCGCAUCAGUGUCUGGGCUGUAGAGACGAUGGGGGUGGAGAUGCUCCUUCAGGUAUACAGUGGUACCUCGGGCUACAUACGCUUCAGGUUACAUACACUUCGGGUUACAGACUCCGCUAAUCCAGAAAUAGUGCUUCAGGUUAAGAACUUUGCUUCAGAAUGAGAACAGAAAUCGUGCUCUGGUGGCACAGCAGCAGGAGGCCCCAUUAGCUAAAGUGGUGCUUCAGGUUAAGAACAGUUUCAGGUUAAGAACAGACCUCCGGAACGAAUUAAGUACUUAACCUGAGGUACCACUGUACAGGGCUGAGGCUGUUUAGGGCUUUAAAGGUCAUCACCAACACUUUGAAUUGUAUUCUGAAAUGUACUGGGAGCCAGUGAAGGUCCUUUAGAACUGGUGUUAUAUGGAUCCGCCGGCGGCUCCUGGUCACCAGUCUAGCUGCCACAUUCUGGAUUAGUUGUAGUUUCUGAGUCGCCUUCAAAGGUAGCCCCAUAGAGAGCAGUAGUCUAAGCAGGAGAUAACCAGAGCAUGGACCACUCUGGCGAGACAGUGCGCAAGCAGGCAGGGUCUCAGGUGGAGCUGGUGGACAGCUGCCCUGUGAUGGGUCUGGAAGCCUUUCGCAAGGAAUACCUCUGCUCACUCAGAGAUAUAUUUACAGUCUUUAUAUACAUAUUUACAAGGUACAGAACAUAGCUUCAAGCGUCCGAAUCCUUGGUAGCAGAUCCAGGAAGUGGGAGCUUUCGGCUCCUCCUCCAGCAGAGGAGCUUGGGAACCCCCAAGCGCCUCCUCUGUUCCCUACGUUUUAACCCCCUCCUGUCCUGUGCUGAAGGAAUGGGCAUUGAAUCUCCCUCUGUCCCUGAACUGGUUGGGUGGUGUUGCUGAUCUCCAGCAUCCGCGAGUGUCCUCGCCGCUUGAGUUCCUUCCACUUGCUUGUCCUCCUCUCCCUCUCCUGUCUUUUCUAAAGGCUCCUGUUCUUCGCCCUCCCUAAGCUCCGGGGCAUUCCCUGGCAGCCCCGUGACAUGCCCCGGACGCAGAAUUAACCUGCGCUUCCGUGGACAGCUAUGAAUCCGAAACGACUCCCAGGCUGCACACCUGGUCCUUUAGGGGCACAGUUACCCCAUUCAGGACCAGGGAGUCCGCCACACCCGACUGCCCCCUGUCCCCUUGUAGCCUUAUUAGACUUUACCGAUGGUAGGGUGAGCGUUGCUCCCAGAACAGGGAGGAAGGAGUCAAAUGACACCGAGGUUGAUUCAGAGAGUUUAUUCUGCUCUCCGGAUAGCAGAAGGCACUUGCGUGGUUAGUUCACAGCAAGUCCAAAGAAAUGAGAAAUUUCAUGCAGUAUAUAUAUCCUCCAGGCACCCUCUCCCCCCUUCCCCAGGAAUCCAGCCGCGUCAGCUUAUACAUGCAGGUUGACAUCACAGAUGUUCCUGCUCCGGUCCUCUUAACCAUAAAAGGGAGUUCCUCUUCCUGUACUCUUGACCAUAAAAGGGUGUUCCUGUUCCUGCACCUAUACUCUUAUCUUGGAGUAAGAGGUCACCAACUCCUGGCGCCGUUCCCGGGUGCCUGACAAGGUCUGUGCCUCAGUGUAAGAUAAGACCCAGAUGUGUCAUCCCUGCUCCACUUUGGAACGGACAAGGCCAUUCAUUAGGUGUCACGGACUGAUAAAGGAGAGAGCUUUGAGCACUUGUUUAUACAGCUGGGUUUUGGCUCAAGAGCUCAAGUUAAAGCAUUUUAGAAAUGCUCCCUUGGAGAAGGAAAAAUGCGGAUUUUGGGCCCCGUUUCAGACUGACUGCCCAGUCAGGUUUUAGGUUUUGGAAACCCAUUCCUUCACCCUUAGCAAGGGCCGAGUGCUAAGAGGAUCCGUCUCUUUUCCUCCCGCCCCAUCCCUUUAGAAGAGGCCACAGAGGACUUCUAUGUCCUGAAGGAGGGGAAGCUGGGCGACCUGAAGGAGCACAAAGAGAAGCUUCUGAGCGGGGAGCCGCUCCGGGCCCAGCUGGACCGCCAGCUCCGCGUCUUCAAGCCGUCCCCCCAGGCCUCCCGCUUCGAGCUGCCAAGCGACUUCUUCAGCAUCACCGCGGAGGAGCUCAAGCGGGAACAGCGGCUCCGGUGAGUGGUGCCGCCUCAACUGAAAGGCUCACUGGCCACACGUUGCUUUUUUAUUAUUAUUACUCAUUUUAUUAGAUUUUCCACAAAUAUAACAAAAACCACAAAGCAAAAUAACACACAAAAACAAAAACAAAACAAACAAAAAAUACACAAAUAAUAAUUAAUUCUUUGAAAAUCCCACCUUUUUAAACCUCUUAAUUGACUUCCUCUAGUCCUUCCCUCCUGAGUUUCCUUAUAAUUGAAUGGAACAGCUUUCCAAUAUCAUUAUUAAACUAAAGAUCAGUCCAACACAGGCCACACGUUUUUGCCGCUGCCUCCCCAGCUCGGUCCGGGGGUUGCUUUGAAAAUCAUUUUUUAAAAAUACAUUUCGCAGAACAUCAGGACUUGAACCCAGGAAGCUGUUGCUUCGCAGGGCCGUUACGUUGUUAAAAGCAGCACUCCACAAUGACAAACCUAUUUUAAAACGGCUCCCUUAACUUUAAGCCACAGAUUUGAGUCUACUACCAGUGUGCCUGGGCUGGUGUCUCCAGCGCCAAUCAUGCGGUGGGCCGGAGGGCAGGGGAGCGCGUGCCCAUACGCAUGGGCACACACAAUUUCCGGUGCAGUUUCGGGUCGGAGGAGCACCGGAAAUCGCUUGUGCGCAUGUGCACGGGCCUCCUCUGACCCGGAUGUGCACUGGAAAUAACGUUUGCGCAUGCGCAAAUAAUGCUUGCGCAUGCGCACAAGCGCUUUCCGGUGCUCCUCCAACCCAGAAGUGGGCACCAAAAAAAGGAAAAGGCAGCCAGUGCAGGGCUGCUUUGAAUGAGGUGCUCAUUGUAUUUUAGAUCUGGAAACCGCUGCGGAUGUGUUGGCGACACCAGUUGUUGGGUCUGCGUUCCAAUAUGGUCCCUCUUUCUUUUGCCUCUGAAGGACAGAAGCGGUUGAGAAGGCAUCGAUGCUGAGAACGAAAGCCAUGCGGGAGAAAGAGGAGCAGAGGGAGCUGAGAAAGUACAACUACGCCUUGCUGCGCAUCCGCUUCCCGGACGGGUACAUCUUACAAGGUACGUGCGAAAGCUCUGGGUGCAAACCAGAGCCCGGCCAGAGGCUGUCAACCACCCAAUGCUCAGUCGUCACAGGUUGCUUCAUCCUAAGUCUUUGGGCUGGAAGAAUGGAUGCCUUAAAGAAAUAUUAUAGCACGAUGACCUCGCGAGCAGCGUUAGAAACUGAGAUAUGAAAGCCAGGAGCUGAAUGGCGCCUUAAACCUAGGUUAUGGGCGCAGCAACGGAAUGUACAGUGGUAUCUCGGGUUACAUACGCUUCAGGUUACAGACUCGGCUAACCCAGAAAUAGUACCUCGGGUUAAGAACUUUGCUUCAGGAUGAGAGUAGAAAUCGCGUGACGGCAGCAGUGGGAGGCCCCAUUAGCUAAAGUGGUACUUUAGGUUAAGAACAGUUUCAGGUUAAGAACGGACCUCCGGAACGAAUUAAGUACGUAACCAGAGGUACCACUGUAUUCUUAUAACAAGAAUACAAAGCUGAAAAGGAAUGAAAUGCAGCUAAAAUCUUAUGGUCGUUUUUCACAUGGUGUAGUUCAGGGAUCAGCGAACUUUUUCAGCAGGGGGCCUGUCCCUCAGACCUUGUGGGGGGCCGGACUAUAUUUUGGGGAAAAAAUAAUGAACAAAUUCCUAUGCCCCACAAACAACCCAGAGAUGCAUUUUAAAUAAAAGCACACAUUCUACUCAUGUAAAAACACGCUGAUUCCCGGACCACCCAUGGUCUACUACUUCCCCUGCCCACCCCCACUAAUAUUCUUAAGAGCAUGGGUAGAUUUGCAACCGAGAAACCACGAUUCCUGGGAUCCUUUUUAGUGAAGUCACAGGCUUCAAAUGCGUGUUGAAUGUGCUUCAGAUGCAUGGCGUGGGUUUGCCCUGCACAAACUUCCGAAUCUGCAGAAAACACUAGAGAGUAAAUUUUCUUUCUUUCUGGCACAGGGACGUUCUACGCCCGGGAACCCGUCUCAGCCCUUUACCAGUUUGUGCGAGAGACGCUGCAGAACAACUGGCUCCCCUUUGAGCUUCUGGCCCCCGGAGGCCACAAACUGACCGACGAGAGCAUGGCACUCAAUGAAUGUGGCCUGGUACGUGUGGCCACCUUACUUAAGUCUCCUUGCCAAUGACGGGGGGGUCAGGGGCGGUCCUGUCCACCUUGAAACCUGGAGCAAGCACCACUGAAUUGUUGAAUGGUCUCUUUAAAUUUGAAGGUUCCUUAUUGUUCCCCAAGAUGUGUAUGUCUUUAAGGGCCAGAGCAAAUAACAUGACCUAGUUUUACAGCUGUGAAGCAGUAUAGCAGCUGCUGUUUAGUUGUGUUAAUUAAGCUGUGUUAGCAAUUGGGUAUAGUAUAUAAAGAGCAUCACCUAGCUCUCUCAGUACCCUGGGGGUUGGGUUAUGCUUAUUGAUAUGUUUAGUGUAAAAGGAGUUUUUGUUUAUGUUAGUAAAACCUUGCUAAAGUUACCGUAUUUUUCGCACAAGACGCACCUAGUUUUUGGAGGAGGAAAACAAGGAAAAAAAUAUUCUGAAUCUCAGAAGCCAGAACAGCAAGAGGGAUCGCUGCGCAGUGAAAGCAGCAAUCCCUCUUGCUGUUCUGGCUUCUGGGAUAGCUGUGCAGCCUGCACUCGCUCCAUAAGACGCGCACACAUUUCCCCUUACUUUUUAGGAGGGAAAAAAUGAGUCUUAUAGAGCAAAAAAUACGGUAUUUUGCAUUCCUUGUAAUGUGUGGUUUCCCCAGGAAGCUUCCUUAGUGCAGCUAAUCUUCAAAUAGCCAACAUGAAUAUGAUGGGGCUUUCAUGUCCCUUAACGGCAGGAUCCUUCCUUUGAACUGUGCUCCUCUAACGAAGCUUGGGUUGGGAAGGACAGCUGUACACCCUGUGUGAUUCAGGUGAAAUUUUCAUUUUGGCCUAGGUGGUUUUUGGAAGAACUUGGGGAGCAGGGGAGGGGAGGGCGCUAAAUGACAAGAGUCUGAAAUCUGAGGAUAUAACAAUGCACCCAGACCAUAUGACACCAGUCCUGAAAGACCUGCACUGGCUCCCAGUACAUUUCUAAGCACAAUUCAAAGUGUUGGUGUUGACCUUUGAAGCCCUAAACGGCCUCGGCUCAGUAGACCUGAAGGAGCGUCUCCACCCCCAUCGUCCAGCCCGGACACUGAGGUCCAGCUCCGAGGGUCUUCUGGUGGUUCCCUCCCUGCAAGAAGGGAGGUUACAGGGAACCAGGCAGAAGGCCUUCUUGGUGGUGGCACCCGCCCUGUGGAACGCCUUCCCUUCAGAUGUCAAGGAGAUAAAGAACUAUCUGACUUUUAGAAGACAUCUGAAGGCAGCCCUGUUUAGGGAAGUUUUUAAUGUUUGAUGUUUUAUCGUGUUUUUCACAUUCUGAUGGGAGUCACCCAGAGUGGAUGGGAAGGCUUGGAAAAACCCCAGGGGAAAACCAGUCCCCACUCCCCAUUUUUUUCCAAAGCAGUUUUUAGAAGUCCAUGAGAAAAUGACAAAGAAGGAAGAGCAAGAAGAAAUGGAAAAUGAUAGCAGUAGUUCAGAAAAUGAGAUAAACUGCAUGUAUAGGUUGUGUCUUCUAUUUUUUUUUUUUUAAAGCACUACUCAAAGGGUAGACCUUCUAUGGAGCUUAAAUAUUGAAGUGGACCUUAUCUUUAUUUGCUGUUGGUGCUAAGGGGCAAAUCUGAUUAUUUUUUCAUGUUGAUGGUUUCUUGCUUUUUUUUGUUGCUUUUGAGGGAAAGGGGUGUGUGGUUACCAGUUUUAUUGCAAGCACAAUAUUUUUAUCUACCCUGAGUUUCACACAAUUUGUAAAGCCACACUGAACUUUGUUUCAAUUUUUCCAAAAUUUACCCCCGGAAAAAAAUAGGGGGGGGCAGAUGCCCCCCCCCCCAGUGCCUUCACAUUUUCCGGAAAUUUUACACCUCUAGUCCUAAUAACGCCAAGUGCCUUUGUUUCUUCCCCAAGGUGCCGUCUGCCCUUCUGACGUUCGCCUGGGAUGCCGACGUCAUGGCGGAUAUCAAGGCUUCCGGCGGGGAGCACAUGGAGAGCGUGUUGAAGCCAGACCUCCUGCUGGCCGUGCAGACCCUGUCCUGAAAAUAAAAGCAAACCGGGAUUAGAUCCAGCCCCGUCCCUCGUGCUCCCCUUCUCCCGUGUUUCUUACGGACGCUGCUUCGGAUGCUCCAGUAACUCCCUGUCUUGUGAACACUAAAUGGGGGCAGAAAUAGGGGGCGGGGAGGAGGCUGCUGUUUUUCCCUAGUGCGUGUUAGGGCCCUGGAAUCAGAAUAGCUGCGGCCAGAGCAGUUGCCUAGCCGGGCAGUAGCGCAUGGAGGACUUGGAACUGGUUCAAAACGAGUUGGAUCAAGAGAGAUAUUUUUACAGUGCUGCUUCUUUUUCUUCUUUUAUUUAUAACCUUCCCUCGGAGGGGUCUGAACCUCUUUCUAGCCUCAAAACGAAGCUUCUCACUGGGAAAAAACAAAGAUCAAAACACUACCCUGCCCUGGCAACACGAAUCGGCUUGUUCCGAGGGGCCAGGAGCGCUUCCUUUUUGCUUCCGUUCCACAAACCUUGUUCCUCCCCGAUCCCGGGCUAGGAAGAAGCUUCUUUUUGGUUUCGUUUUUGGUCUGUAACUGAGUCAGCCUACAGGCAGGAGAAGCUGUUAGCUUUAUUAAAGGAAGAUGUGCUGCCACAGGUACUUGGGGUGUUUUGUCUUCCAGAGCAGCAGGCGAUGAGAGUGGCGAACGGCGUGAGGGGAGAGAGGUUGUGGCUUGGUGGUGGAGCAUUUGAUCCGCAGGCAAGUGAGAGGGGGGACUCCCUGGUCCUGAAUGGGGUAACUGUGCCCCUGAAGGACCAGGUGCGCAGCCUGGGAGUCGUUUUGGAUUCACAGCUGUCCAUGGAGGUGCAGGUCAAUUCUGCGUCCAGGGCAGCUGUCUACCAGCUCCAUCUGGUAUGCAGGAUGAGACCCUCCCUGUCCGCAGACUGUCUGGCCAGAGUGAUACAUGCUCUGGUUAUCUCCCACUUGGACUACUGCCAUGCACUCUACUUGGGGCUACCUUUGAAAGCGAGUCGGAAACUUCAACUAAUCCAGAAUGCGGCUGCCAGACUGGUGACUGGGAGCGGCCGCCGGGACCAUAUAACACCAGUCCUAAAAGACCUGCAUUGGCUCCCAGUACAUUUCCAAGCACAAUUCAAAGUGUUGGUGCUGACCUUUAAAGCCCUAAAUGGCCUUGGCCCUGUAUACCUGAAGGAGCGUCUCCACCCCCAUUGUUCUGCCCGGACACUGAGGUCCAGUUCCAAGGGUCUUCUGGCGGUUCCCUCCCUGCAAGAUGUGAGGUUACAGGGAACCAGGUAGUAGUGCCCUCAGUGGAAUGCCCUCCCCUCAGAUGUCAAGGAAAUAAAACUGACUUUUAGAAGACAUCUGAAGGCAGCCCUGUAUAGGGUUUUUAAUGUUUGAUAAGUGGGGUAUAAAUAAUAACAGUGCUAGACCCCAGGUAAGAUCUUACGUGUCGCCAGGGUCAGACAUUGAAACUCUGCUAUCCUCCUUCAUGUUGUUCCCCCAUUAGAGGUCUGGAGAACGGGCCUUUUCUGUGGUGGCUCCCCAUUUGUGCAACGCUCUCCCCAGGGAGGCUUGCCUGGCACCUGCACCACCCAUCUUUUAGGCGCCGGGGGGAAAUGUUCUCUAUAACCAAGCUUUGGCGGAUUAGCAUUCUGCAGUCUUUUAAAUCUGUAGGAGGGAGAGGCCAUUGGUUUUCGUUUUAUGUAUUUUGCAAUCCCAUUUUUUAUUUUUAUGUCGUGAGCUGCCCUGUGAUCUUCGAACGAAGGGCAGUUAUACAAAUUUAGUAAUAAAAGUACUGUUACCACGACCUUCAGGUCUCAUGGUGGCUUAUAGCAAUUUGAAAUUCUGUAUUAAAUAUUUAAAACAAUUAAACUAGAGUCACAGGAAUGUUAAGUCUUACAAAUAAUGGUCAGCAUGGGCAAGGAUGAGGCCCCCUCCCCACCUUUGCUUUACUCCCAGAAGCUUCCAUUUAUUCCCUGCCAGGGCGACUGCAGAUUGCUUUGCAGAAACAAGUGCAUACCUUAGAGUGGAGGAAUGAGCUAUAGAAUCAGUUUGCUCUCUUCACCUGUUUUUGGAUUAAUCUGGAAGCGGGGUUUUCUGCUGAAAGGGAUAGAUGUCAUCUUCUUUGGCAAUCCCUUGUAGCCGAGUAAGAUUGUCUUCCAUGAACACGGUCUUAACAGUGAGUCCGUAAGUGACUGUGGAGGCCAAUUCUGGAUCCACACGUCCUUCGACGGUGGGGACAUAGGUUUUCGGGCAGGAGUUGAUCACGGUGUGGAUUUGCCAAGCGCGCCUUCCUCUUAGCACGUUUCUCUCUUUGGUCCUGAGUUUGAGUGUCUUCAAAGCCCAUGACACCCUUGGGAAAGGCUGUUCUCCAACUGGAGCGCUUGCAGGCCAGUGUUUCCCAGUUGUCGGUGUUUAUACUGCAUUUUUUAAUAUUUGCCUAGCUGUUCAUGGAAGCGCAGGUUACCAUGGGUAGGCAAACUAAGGCCCAGGGGCUGGAUCUGGCCCAAUCGCCUUCUAAAUCUGACCCACGGACGGUCCGGGAAUCAGCGUGUUUUUACAUGAGUAGAAUGUGUCCUUUUUAUUUAAAAUGCAUCUCUGGUUUAUUUGUGGGGCAUAGGAAUUCGUUUGUCCCCCCCCCCAAAAAAAUAUAGUCCACCCCCCCCCGCAAUGUCUGAGGGACAGUGGACCGGCCCCCUGCUGAAAAAGUUUGCUGACCCCUGUUGUAUACUUUCCCCUGGGACUAAGGAAUGGGUCCUGCUUCUAGGCAACACUGUGUGUAUCCUGAAGUAUUAUGGGAUGUUCGCAGGACAUAGCUGACUUCCCAUGGUAAUGAGGCCCCUGGGGAGCGGAAGAAACGAUGACUUAAUGUUGUGUCAUGCCCCACCCCAAAGUUCAGGACCGCUGCCCACUGAUCAAAAAAAGGUUGGGCGCUGCUUGUUAGCAUUUCACUCCUCCGUUGCUGGGUACGUGAUUGUUACAUCACAUGUCAGUGUUUACUUUCUAGGCUUGGAAAGUGUGAGAAUGGAAGUCAGUCUUAUCUCUCUUCUGCUAUACUGUAAGGUAAAGGGACCCCUGACCAUUAGGUCCAGUCGCGGACGACUCUGGGGUUGCGGCGCUCAUCUCGCUUUACUGGCCGAGGGAGCUGGCGUACAGCUUCCGGGACAUGCGGCCAGCAUGACUAAGCCGCUUCUGGCGAACCAGAGCAGCGCACAGAAACACUGUUUACCUUCCCACCGGAGCAGUACCUAUUUACUGCUAAGUUGGCAGGAGCAGGGACCGAGCAAUGGGAUCUCACCCUGUCGCAAGGAUUCGAACUGCCAACCUUCUGAUCAGCAAGUCCUAGGCUCUGUGGUUUAACCCACAGCGCCACCCGCGUCCCUUCUGCUAUACUGUACUUUUGUACUUUUCUCUCUCUCUCGGAGAAGAACUGAGAGGACGCCAUGAUUGCUUUGUCCUGUAUACAUGGCUUAAUAAAUACUUAGAAUGCACACACCCACGCUCCAUAAUUGUUUCUGCUAUACUCUGCUGAUAAGUGUGCACAUGUAUUUAGAUGUGUGUCGCUGGUGCGCACUGGGACUGAUUUGUGAACGUCCCAAGCUGCGCUUCAUCAGGAAGACGCCCGGAGAGGUCUGUCUCAUUCCAGG